UACAAAACCCGAAGACAUAGUUAAGCUAGUGGUACGAUGCCAUUCAUUUCCGAUCACCGACAAUAAUGAUGGGUGUCUUCUCUGGAUUUCCUCUUCUUUUCCUUCUUCCUUUUUGCUUUGCUUCCUUAGCUUUUGGAGCCACUUUGCCAGAAGACGAAGUGCAAGCUCUGAGAGACAUAGCACACACAAUUGGGAAGAAAAAUUGGAACUACAGCGUAGAUCCAUGUACUGGAAAGAGUAAUUGGAAUUCUUCCGAAAAAAAUGUUGUCACAUGCAAUUGUUCAUUUGUUAAUCACACUUGCCAUGUUGUAAGCAUCAUUUUAAAAGAACAAAAUCUUUCGGGUAUUAUCUCAGCGGAUCUGGUCAGAUUACCCUAUCUCCAACAAAUUGACUUCACUCGGAACUACCUUAAUGGUACAAUUCCUAAGCAAUUGGGAACCUUAAAUCUCGUCAACAUUUCCUUUCUUGGAAACCGUCUAACUGGUCCAAUCCCAAAGGAGCUUGGAAACAUCACCACUCUCAAAGCUUUAGUAUUGGAGUUCAAUCAGUUAUCUGGAAGUCUUCCUCUAGAGCUUGGGAAUCUUACCCAGAUUGAAAAACUGCAUCUAACCUCCAACAAUUUCACUGGAGAGUUACCUGCAACAUUGGCUAGGCUCACAAUAUUGAAGGAACUUAGAAUUGGCGACAAUCAAUUCUCUGGAGCAAUACCCAAUUUUAUACAGAGCUGGAUAAAUCUUGAGAUACUGUGUGAUUAUACUUUUUUCUCCUUUUCUUUAAUGAACUUUAGUUGUUUUAAUUUUUUUAACGUAAUGUCGCCUUAUCCAAAACAUAUUUUUAGUGUUAUGCAAGGGAGUGGUUUGAGUGGGCCAAUUCCUUCUGGAAUUUCAAUUCUGAGAAAUCUUACUGACUUGAGGGUCACUGACUUGAAUGGAUCUGAUUCAUGGUUUCCACAACUUAAUAAUAUGACAAAGUUGGUAACACUAAUAUUGAGGAGUUGCAACAUUAUUGGAUCCUUGCCAGAGAAUCUUGGAAAAUUGACUAAUUUGGAAGUAUUAGAUGUUAGCUACAACAAAUUAACUGGACCAAUUCCAAGCAUUUUUGGUGAUCUUCGGCACUUGGAUAUGUUUUUUUUAGAAGGGAAUCAUCUCACUGGAUCGCUGCCUCGGUUGAUAGAUAAACCUCACUAUGUAGAUCUCUCUUAUAACAAUCUUAGCAUCGGCAACAACAUAGAGGAGCUACAGUGUCGACAGGAAACUGUGAACUUGUUUGCUUCAUUUUCUAAUGGAAACAGCUUAGGAAAUGUUUCAUGUUUGUCAAACAUUCCGUGUAAAACUUCAUAUUCUCUGUAUAUAAACUGUGGUGGAAAUCUUGUAACUGAUGGAAGGAAGACAUAUGAUGAUGACACGGGUGAGACUACUGGACCAGCAAGCUUUCAUAACGACCGUGGAAAAAACUGGGCACUUAUCAACAAUGGUCAUUUCUUUGAUACCAACCGCUUAAACUACUAUAAUGUGACUAAUUCGACUAAGCUUGUAAUGGAGAAUGUUGAACUGUACAUGAAUGCACGUGUUUCUCCGACCUCUUUGACCUAUUAUGGAUUUUGCUUGGGAAAUGGAAUCUACACAGUAAAACUCCAUUUUGCAGAAAUAAUGUUUACUGAUGAUAAAACAUAUAGCAGUCUUGGAAGGCGUGUAUUUGACAUCUACAUUCAGAGAAAUUUGGUGGCUAAGGAUUUCAAUAUUGCAAAAGAAGCAGGGGGUGUUGGUAAGGCAGUAAUUAAAAAUUUCACAGUUGUUGUGACUAGUAACGCCUUGGAGAUUCGGUUAUAUUGGGCUGGGAAAGGAACCACUUCUAUUCCAUUUAGAUCAGUUUAUGGUCCUCUUAUAUCAGCUAUAUCUGUUGAUCCUAACUUUAUACCCCCAUCAGAAAGUGGUAGUAGCAGCAUAUCCAUAAUAAGGGUUGUGGUUGCAGUUGUGGUUGCUGGAGCAAUUAUCAUCUUGAUAUUUGGUAUAUUGUGGUGGAAGCGCUUUUUAGGAUGGGAAAGAUCAGUGGGCAGAGAACUGAAGGGUUUAGAAUCACAAACUAGUUUAUUUACCCUACGACAAAUCAAGGCAGCAACAAAUAACUUUGACAAAUCCUUGAAGAUUGGAGAAGGAGGGUUUGGUCCUGUUUACAAGGGUGUACUAUCGGAUGGCACUGUAGUAGCAGUUAAGCAGCUUUCUGCUAGGUCAAGGCAAGGGAGUCGGGAAUUUGUAAAUGAGAUAGGCCUGAUUUCUGCUUUGCAACACCCUUGUUUAGUUAAGCUCUACGGCUGUUGUAUGGAAGAGGAUCAAUUGUUACUGAUUUAUGAAUACAUGGAAAACAAUAGUCUUGCUCAUGCUUUAUUUGCCAAAAAUGAUGACUCUGAGAAAUGUCAAUUGAGAUUGGAUUGGCAAACAAGGCAUAGGAUUUGUGUUGGUAUCGCUAAAGGUUUGGCUUACCUUCAUGAAGAGUCCAAACUGAAGAUUGUUCAUAGGGACAUCAAGGCCAAUAAUGUGUUGCUGGAUAAAGAUCUCAACCCCAAGAUAUCUGAUUUUGGAUUGGCAAAGCUUAAUGAUGGGGACAAAACCCAUUUGAGCACCAGAAUAGCUGGCACUUAUGGGUACAUUGCUCCUGAGUAUGCAAUGCAUGGUUAUUUGACGGACAAAGCAGAUGUUUAUAGUUUUGGAAUUGUUGCAUUGGAAAUUGUUAGUGGGAUGAGCAACACCAUUAGCCAGCCUACGGAAGAAUGUUUCUCUCUCAUUGAUAGGGUACAUCUCUUGAAAGAAAACGGUAAUCUAAUGGAGAUUGUGGAUAAGAGGUUGGGUGAACACUUCAACAAAACGGAGGCAAUGAUGAUGAUCAAUGUAGCCCUUUUAUGUACCAAAGUCUCUCUAGCACUCAGGCCCACCAUGUCUUUAGUGGUAAGCAUGCUUGAAGGGAGAACACAUAUUCAAGAGGUGGUGUUAGACAAAAGAGAGGUAUUGGAUGAUGUGAAAUUUUAGAUGAUGCAACAGUAUUAUAAACACUAAGGAGAAAAUAACAUAAUUGAGUCUCAGAGCCUAAGUGACCCUACGUGAGAAACUUCUAAACUUUUCGAUGAUACAAGUUCUGCUGGUGAGCAAAUUUAAAGUUAGAGAACUUAUAGAAAUGAACAUCUUGUUGUUGCUCUAUAUAUAUUUAGUUUUUGGCACAACUUAUUUUGCAAAACUGAAGAUAUGGUUCUUGUAUCUAAGUAAGUAAGGGUUUGAACAAGUUUGCAUAACCAAUUGUAAUAGAAUUUAAUGAGUGGAAGAAUACUACGUUUUCAA